GCUCCUCCUGGCCAAAACAGCCGUGCUCCUCUCGUGCGCUUCAUUCAGAUGGAUAACUUCAGGAACAUGGCUAUGCCAAACACUUCACUUUUACUGUUUGUUCUUCAAAUGUGCGCUAUUGCUUGGCAAGCUUGGGCGCUAGUGGAUCUGAGGAUGGAGGACACUGUAGAGGUUUACAUGGACAAGUCUGCAGAAAUCCCCUGCCUGUAUAACUUCACCGAGCAGCCCAUGAUGGUCAUAGUCCAGUGGUUUGUGCGGGAACGUGAAGGUCAUCGUGUCCGAAUCUCAUUCAGCGAUCUGACCAUGCAGAAGGUGGAUGAGAACACGACCUACAGCGAUCGUAUCAGUGUGCGAUCCAACAGUGAUGGAGAAACUCUGACCAUUCAGGAUGUUAAGCUGUCUGAUGAAAGAGAGUUUUUCUGUCAGGUCAGUGGAUUGUCAGCAGGCAGUGAAGAGGGCAAGACUGUCUUGAAGGUUUUUGACCCCCCAGAGCCUCCCGUCAUUGAAGGUAUCCUCUCUGGAGUUUCUGUGUCCGGUGAAUCCCCAGCUAAGAUUGCAUCUUGUGAGACCAGAGAAGGCUUUCCCAAGCCGAACAUCACAUGGUACCGUGAUCACAUCCCCAUCCACCCCACUAGUGGCUUGGCGAACAUGGUAACUCUACUGACGAGGGAAUCCAGUGGUCUAUAUACAGUGCAGAGUGAGUUGCAUUAUAAGGUGACCAAGGAAGACAAAGACGCCCACUUUUCCUGUGAAGUUAGCUAUUUUGUCCCAGGAGCUGUCAGGACAUCCGAGUCCAAAGGCAUCAAUAUUACAGUUCACUACCCCACGACCAGUGUGGAGAUAUGGAAAGAAUCGCCGGAGGGCUUGGUCAAAGAGGGGGACACAGUGGAGCUCCGUUGUCAAGGCGAUGGGAACCCCCCAGCACCCAUCAUUUUCAACCGAGAACAAAUGGCAGAAUUAAAGCAAAAAUCAGAGAAGUACCAAUUAUCUCAAAACAACUACCUGCAGUUUUCAAUAGCGCAAAAAAGGUCGCCUCAGAUGAAGGAUGCGGAGAGAGAGAUUGAGCUGACGGAGAAAGUAGGGGGUUGGGUGAAUUUGAGCUGUGAGGCGAGAGGUUAUCCCAGACCCACCAUCACCUGGAGCAUCACCGGCAGUCAGUCUCAGAGCUGGCGUGAGGUUGUUAAAAGAGAGAUUGAGGAUCAAGUCUACAGCGUUGUGAUGCUUAAAGUCACCACUGACACGGUUGCUGUCUGCAAUUCAACAAACGACUUCGGAAUAGAGACCAAGACUUACAGCAUCAGGCGCAUUCCAUUCUCCCAGACUCCAACAGCUAGAAAAACUUCAGUUGAUAAUAGUGGAGUGAUUAUUGUGGUGAUUAUUGUCAGCAUCCUGUUGCUGGCCAUCCUGGGCAGUGUCUUCUACUUCCUGUAUAAAAAGGGCAAGUUUCCCUGUGGACGAUCAGGCAAGCAAGAAAUCAUUAAUGCCUACAGCACCAAGGAGAAGACUAACAAAGAUGACAUUGUCGUAGAGAUGAAGGCAAAAAAGACAGAGGAGUCUGUGCUACUGAAGGGCGUCAAUGGGGAACAGAAACCUCCCAAUGACCAGAACAGCACCCUUAGCUCAUAAGCGGAGACUUGUGGGCGACUAAAGAUGGCGUCUGUACCUCCCUGCUGACCCAACAAUCAAGUCUUAAGAGCUGGAGGACCUCUUGUGGAGCAGCCACCUCCUCUGGAUAAAGUGGACUGUACUUUUGUAUCUCGUGUGUGAGCAGCAGUAUUCAUGCUUGGAUAAAUGGGACGUAAGCGGUAAAGGAAGAUCGUUCUCUGUUCUUCAUUGUUUUUCUUCAACCAUCGACCAAUUUCAAGACCACGAGUUUCAUCCUUUAAACACAAGCAAAAUGAAUUACUGAGUAAAAACAUUCUUACACUCUGUCAGCACCACAUUGCAUCCCAAACCAAUAGAAUGUUGCAGGGAUGAUAUAUUUUUGUAGGCCAAAAUCUGGAAAUUAGUUUCCGGUUCCAUCAUUUUUUUGGUUAAUUGUCUAAAAACAAUGACUGUGGUUAAUGCAAGCUGAGGGUAUUCUAUGACAUAAAAUACGGUAAUCCAAAAGUCAUUGGAAAAAUCCUGUUGCGUUUUUGUCAAGGAAACAAGGGUGAUGCUUACUUCCGGGUUGGCCUAUGAAAAUUAUAUCAUCUCAAGCUGUUGCAGCAGGCGUGAUGUUGGGAUUAGUUCACUUCCAGAAUAAAUCCAAGAUGCUCAUGACUUUCUUUCUUCAGUCGAAAAGAAAUUAAGGUUUUUGAGGAAAACAUUCUAGGAUUUAUAGUGGACUUGAAGGGCAGCCAAUGGGUUGAAGGUCCAAA